CGGGCCGCGGCUUUCGAGUACGGAGGCCCGCGAGUUCCCGGUACCUCGCUGCUGCUCAGAGCGUCGGGCGGGCGGAGCUCGGUUGCUGUCCAAGCUGAUUUGCAGUUAUGAAUCGACAGGAGACCAGAAUCUGAUUGCAUGGCUUUAAUCACCUUGUGGAGGAACCUUUGUCAUCUGUCUGAUUUACGUAUCCCCGGAGCUCUGGCUGCUUUGAAAAAUCAACCUGCAAGUCAUGUUCACAGGGUGGUAAGGGAACAUUUGUGUCCUUGGUUCCGGUCACUACAACCUGAGCCUUUCAAGGUCAGGUUCCGUCACGCCUGUUGUAAUGAGUUCCAUUCUGAAAACGGAAAUGACUUCCAUCGGUCUGGUGAGCCGGUGUUCCCUCAGGUAUGUGACUGGGAGAGACUGGAACAAAACCUCGAGGACGAUCAGGUAAUUUACAGGAGACUAAAUGACUUCAGUUCAUCCGAAGAAGUGUUACAUUUCAUAAGCACACUGGGAACUCUGUCUGAUACCAUGGCAGUGGGGGCUUUACAGCGGAUCUGUGAAGUGGAAAAAAAAAGUGAUUAUCAAAGGCUGCCCCAAGAAAUGCUAGACAAUCGCAUCUUUCAAGCCUUAUGCUUACGCUUUGAACAGGGACCCUCAUGUCUAUCGAACAGUACUUUGGUGACAGCUUUGCAAGCCCUGGUUCUGCUGCGUGUGGAUCCUCAGAGUACCCUCAUAAAGAACCUAGUGACCGAAGGCCUAAAUCGUUUCAAAAGAGGUGACUUGGAAGUUCGCAGUCUUUGUAUUCUCGGGGAAAAUCUGAUCAAACUUCAAGGCCCAGACUGUGCAACAGUGGAGCUGAUUAUAUACCACCUGCAAGGUGAAGAGUUAGAAACAUUCAGCCCGGAGGAUAUCGUAGCCCUUUAUAGGAUACUGCAGGCAUGCGCUGAGAAAGUGGACCAAUACCAGAUGUUUUUAAAUAAGAUGAACAACUUUUCCCUCUCGAUAAUUUCCAGCCUGAGUCCUACAUUGCUUAGCCAGAUGCUCACUGCCCUUGUCAUUCUUGAUCAAACGCAGGCAUUCCCUUUGAUUAUAAAAUUGGGGAAGUAUGUCGUGAGGCACAUUCCUCAUUUCACUAAUGAAGAGCUUGGGCAAGUCUUAGAAGCUUUCGUAUAUUUUGGGCACAGUGACAGAUUUUUUACAAAAGCCCUAGAGCAGCAUGUAGCCAAACUCUGUCUCACUUUGGAUCCCGAAGUUGUCAGCAAAGUGACAGAGUACUGCAGCAGAAAACUGAUCCUUUCCAAACCCAUCCUUAAUGCGGUCGCAGAGACAUUUGUUUGCCAAUCAGAAAAAUUUUCACCUCAGCAGAUUUCUGAGUUAAUUGAACCCUUUGGAAAACUCAAUUAUUUGCCACCAAAUGCCUCUGCUGUAUUUAAGAAACUAGAAGAUAUUCUAUUCACUCAUUUCAACUGUUUUCCACCCAAAACACUGUUGAAACUUCUCCAUUCAUGUUCACUUGUUGGAUGCCAUCCAGUCAACUUUAUGGCCAAAAUAUUCAGCCCUUUUUUCCUGCAAAAGCUGCAAGGUGAAGAGCUUUAUUUGGACAGACUGAGUCUGGCACAACUGACCCAACUUUUCUUAACCUCAGUCCUGGAAUGUCCCUUUUACAAGGGUCCCAGGCUUCUUUCCAAAUAUCAAGUGAAGUCAUUCUUUACUCCAUGCGGUUCUCUGGAGACCCCUGUGGAUUUUCAGCUUUAUAAAUCUGUAAUGUUCGGACUGAUUGACCUUUUAGGAGAAAGAUCAUAUUUUGCUUCAAAAGUGUUAACACCCUAUUGUUAUACGAUAGAUGUUGAAAUUAAAUUGGAUGAAGAAGGAUUUGUAGUACCAUGUACAGUUCACGAGGAUGUUCAUAAAAGGAUAGCACUGUGCAUCGAUGGUCCAAAAAGAUUUUGCCUUAAUAGUGAACACUUACUAGGAAAAGAAGCCAUCAAACAAAGACACCUACAGUUGCUUGGUUAUCAAGUUGUUCAGAUCCCCUAUCAUGAGCUUGAGAUGCUAAAGUCAAGACUGGAAUUAGUGGAAUAUUUACAAAGAAAACUAUUUUCCCAAAACACGGGUGUUCGUUGGUAGAAGGAGGAAUACUAGCUUCAGAACUAAGUGAAAGAACUUGUAUUGUUGUGGGACUCAGUAUUAAAAACAGUGUAAUUUGUGAAUUAGCCAUUUUGCAGAACUUUGUUCACGGGCUGCUCAGGUGAUCUGAAAAGGUCCAUAGUUUCUGUUAUACCUUGUAUACAUUCAUUGGUGAUAAAUUUUAAAAUAACUUUAAUUUAUACUAGUGUUAUGAAUCCUUUUUAUAUAUCAAACAAGUGAUUAAUUACAA